GCAUCAGGAUGUUCUUUACGUGUGGCCCCAAUGAGGCCAUGGUGGUCUCGGGCUUCUGCCGCAGCCCCCCAGUGAUGGUGGCAGGGGGCCGGGUCUUCGUCCUCCCCUGCAUCCAGCAGAUCCAGAGGAUCUCCUUGAACACGCUGACCCUGAACGUGAAGAGUGAGAAGGUUUAUACCCGGCACGGGGUCCCCAUCUCUGUCACCGGCAUCGCCCAGGUGAAGAUCCAGGGCCAGAACAAGGAGAUGCUGGCGGCUGCCUGCCAGAUGUUCCUCGGCAAGUCGGAGAGCGAGAUCACCCACAUCGCGCUGGAGACGCUGGAGGGGCAUCAGCGGGCCAUCAUGGCCCACAUGACUGUGGAGGAAAUCUACAAGGAUCGGAAGAAGUUCUCGGAGCAGGUUUUUAAAGUGGCCUCUUCAGACCUGGUCAACAUGGGCAUCAGCGUGGUGAGCUACACGCUCAAGGACAUUCACGAUGACCAG